AUGGCGUUGAGUAAUUUCGAUGCUGAGAUGUCUCGUUUCGAGAACGAAAUCUCAAAUGUUAACACGUCCAAUGCACCACUAAGAAUGCCCAUGAUGCCAUCUGGUCCUCCACCACCUGGAAUGUUUCCACCAAUGAUGCCAGGUUUACCUCCUCUUCCACCACCACCACCGGGUGUUAUGGCUCAGUUACUGAAUAGUAAUAAUAGUUCUGCUGCUCCGCCAACUCGUUUACCACCUCGACCUGCCUUCGUACCUCAUCAACUUCGUCAUCGUGUGCCACAACAAUCUGUACCUUUUCCUUCAUCAUCAAUGAGGUCAGCACAAAUGCCUCCGUCAAUGUCUCAACGAAUUCCAUCGCCACCACCACCACCCCAACUGCAAGGUCCCAUGCCUACUCAACAACAAUCUAUACUUUCAGCUCAACCAUUGCUUUAUAAAAAUCAAACAAGUAAUGAAAAGCCAAGUCAACCACCUGAAUCGUUGGUUCCAACUGCACAACGUCCUGUGCAAAUACCAAUCGUAGAGAAUAAACCAUCUACCUCAAAAAUCGAUAAACAACUAUCAGUCACAAAAUCUGAACCAAAUCCUCAUCCAGUUAGUAAAGCAUAUGCUGCACAAGCCAUGGAAACAAAUGAUCAAGACGCUGAGGGUAGUACAACAUCAAAGAAGAAAAGUAAAGCCAAACCACCGAAAAAGCCUCGUCAUGUCCGUAUGGCUGGUGGUACAACUUGGGAAGAUGAAACACUUUGUGAAUGGGAUGCAGAUGAUUUUCGUUUGUUUUGUGGUGAUCUUGGUAAUGAAGUCAAUGAUGAUAUAUUGACACGAGCUUUUAACAAAUAUCCAUCAUUUCAAAAAGCCAAAGUUGUUCGAGACAAACGAUCUGGAAAAACGCGUGGAUAUGGUUUUAUUUCAUUUAAAGAUUCACAAGAUUAUAUUCGAGCUAUGCGUGAAAUGAAUGGUAAAUAUGUUGGUAAUCGGCCAGUCAAAUUACGUAAAAGUACAUGGCAAGAACGAAAUAUUGAUGUUGUUCGAAAGAAAAUCAAAGAUAAAGUUAAACUUGGACUUAGAUAA